UCCAAUUAGUGGGACGUGAACUGUGUGUGGCAUCAGCGAUAGUGGCAGUGGGUGUGACCGUCAAAUAAAGUAGCCGAAAAAAAUCCUGCCCCGCUUGCUGCAGUUCGAUUCGUCUAACCUGCUCGGAUCGCAACGGUGGCGAACGUUUGUAAACAUCUCAAAUAAACGCAACGACCAAACACACUGCCACUCACGUACGGACGCACGUGCGAGAAGCGCCAUGGAACACCACGGGACGGAUUUUCACCGUAGCUCAAAUUCGCUCGAUUCCGACUCGAAGUCCAGUUCGCUCAACUCCAAGCAUGGGAUGGACACGAUCGUGGCAAAUGAGAACGGGUUCACGUACCUGUCCGGGGAGAACAUGCAGGACCGCAAGAGCGACGUGUCGUACAUAUGCCCGUACAGCGGACCAGCGAUCGGUACGCUGACCAUCACGAACUACCGGCUGCACUUUCGAUCGCAGCCUGCCUCCGAUAAGGAUCCCGCCGUCGUUGUCGACUGUCCGCUUGGGGCGGUGAGCCGCAUCGAAAAGGUCGGCGGUGCCAGCUCGCGGGGUGAAAAUUCCUACGGUAUCGACAUAUUCUGCAAGGACAUGCGCAACUUGCGGUUCGCACACAAGCAGGAGAACCAUUCCCGGCGGACCGUGUUCGAAAAGCUGCAGCUAUACGCGUUUCCGCGCGCGAACGAUGGUCCGCUGUUCGCGUUCAACUACCGGGAAAAGUUCCCCGAGGACGGCUGGACGGUAUACGAACCGGUGGCCGAGUUGCGUCGGAUGGGCGUAAACAGCGCGAACAACGAUACCUGGCGCAUAACACGGCUAAACGAGGGGUACGAGAUCUGCGACAGCUACCCAUCGGUGUGGGCCGUACCGAAAACGGCCAAAGACGACCUGCUAAAGCAGGUGGCCGCGUUCCGAUCGCGCAACCGGCUACCGGUGCUGUGCUGGAUUCACCCAAAGUCGCUCGCGACCAUCACGCGUUGUUCCCAGCCGCUGGUCGGUGUCGGUGGCAAGCGCAGCGAGGCGGACGAAACGUACAUCAAUCUCAUCAUGGAGGCGAACGCGCAGUCGGACAAGCUGUCGAUCAUAGAUGCGCGCCCAAGCGCUAAUGCAAUUGCAAACAAAGCGAAGGGCGGCGGGUACGAGUCGGAGGAUGCGUACAAGAACGUAGAACUGAUGUUCCUGGACAUCCACAACAUACACGUGAUGCGGGAGAGCCUGCGCAAGCUGAAAGAGAUUUGCUUUCCGGCCAACGACGACCACAAAUGGUUGUCGGCGGUCGAGAGUACGCUUUGGUUGAAGCACAUCAAGUGCAUACUGGGCGGUGCCGUGCGUAUCGUCGACAGGAUCGAAAACAUGCGCAUGUCGGUGGUGGUGCACUGUUCCGACGGAUGGGACCGUACGUCCCAGUUGACGGCACUCUCGAUGCUGCUGCUUGACCCAUACUACCGCACGCUCAAAGGAUUCCAGGUGCUGAUCGAGAAGGAAUGGCUCAGCUUUGGCCAUAAGUUCGAACAGCGUAUUGGCCACGGUGAUAAUCACCAUUCGGAUGCGGACCGAUCGCCGGUCUUCCUGCAGUUCAUUGACUGCGUGUGGCAGAUAUCGAAGCAGUUCCCGCACGCGCUUGAAUUUAAUGAGUAUUUCCUCAUCACAAUCCUGGAUCAUCUUUACUCCUGCCGGUUCGGAACGUUCCUGUACAACACCGAGCGUGAGCGCUUCGCCAACGAUCUCAAAAAUCGAACCGUCUCGCUGUGGUCGUUCAUCAACUCAUCGCACGAGGAGUACCGCAACUCGUUGUACGGCGGGCUCAGCAACUACUUCACUUCGAUGCCGGUGCAGACGGUGUUGCGGCCGGUUGUCAGCAUGCGGCACAUCCGCCUCUGGAAGGGUCUGUACUGUCGGUGGAAUCCGAGCAUGCGGCAGCAGGACCCGAUCUACCAGCGUACGCGCGAACUGCUGGCACUGCAGGCUGAGCUGAUAAAGCAGCUCGAAGAUUGUCGAACGGAGCGGGUCAACUAAGCAUCCUGUUUUCGACAGUAGGACGGUUUUGUUUUGUUGGCGCAACUCAUCUUCCCCUCAGCCACGGCUGAAUGGUAACUGAAUUAGGUGUAGCAUUUCGGCGAUCAAACAAGCGGUAUUUAUGUUGUUAACAGGCCAAACAAAAUCGUUAAGUUGAUGCAAAAUUAUAGUAAACGUAAGCCCCACUGUAUUUGGUUUCUGCGUACGCUAUGUGCGAAAACACUGUAUAAUUAUUAAAGUAACUAA